AAGAGAGAGAGAGAGAGAGAGAGAGAGAGAGAGAGAAAACUUCCACAUAGAACCAUGGAAGCUGAAAAAGAAACAGAGCAAGGAGAAAACUUAACAGCAAUGAAACUACCAGUGUUACCAAUUAAACCCAACAGUCAUAGCCACUCUCUGUCAUCACCAGUUCAUCAUAGUUCAAUAGCAGCUUCAGUCCCCUUUAGCUGGGAAGAAGAGCCUGGCAAGCCCAAACAACACUCCUCUUCUUCUGCCUCCUCCUCCUCCUCCUCCUCACCACUAACUUCUUGCUCUUCAUCUUCUCCUGAAACCCACAAGUCCUUGGAGCUACCACCAAGGCUACAAUCGCUUGAAAAGGAUGGAGAACCAGUUACCAAACUUCUUUCUCCCAUCACUGUCUUUGAUGGUCCUUAUAGCAUGACAAGAUCAAGAAGGUUGGAUUCACCUUCCUUUAGGAUGUUGGUAAAGGGUAGUGGUGACUGUUAUGGGUCUUUCCGGAGUGACAUCUAUGGGGAUUUGGAGGAUCUUGAUGAGGAGACUAAGCACCAGAACAUGAGUAGUGGCUCUUUGGCUCUUGUGAAGAAGAGAGGUAGAUUAGGGUUUUUUGGGUUUAGUAAGAGGAGAGCUUUGAAGGGAAAAACAGAGUUUGGUAGAUGUAGUUAUGUGUUCCCAUCUUCCGUGGACAGAGAGAGUGGAUGCGGAAGAAAAGUGGAGGAAGAAGGACAAGACAAAAGCUUUGGUUAUGGUGAUGGUAUUAGUUGCAGCCAAAGCAGCAGGUUUAGUGAAGUGAAGAUUACAAACAUUAGCAGAACAGGGAGCUUCUCUACUCUGCCUGCACCACCUUCUUCUUCAAAGUCUCACUUCUGGACGAGACUAAAGCAAGUGGUUCCAUGGAGGAACAAGAAGACUACAGGUUAAGACUCGGCUCUAUCAAAGAUUUGAGAUAUAAAACACCCAAAGACAUGAAAGCUCUUCUGAUUACUACAAGUCUCUCCAUUAAAAACCAGUGUGAAGCCCACUUUUCCACGCUUAUUGUUGUUGUUGUGUUUGUUAUUGUUUGAACGUUUUUGGAACUUAUGUAAAGAGAAACAGAGAAUCUUACUCAUGUUGACUA